AUGAUUAUGAUGAAUGUGUAUACUACCAUGAAGGAAGAUAUCUACACGCGGAGAUUACUGCCAGAAGUGCCUGUGAUGACAGACGAUGUGAAGAUCGAGGACAUUCCGCUAUGUGGAUCUGAUAAUCAGACCCCAGAAGAAAUUGAUCGACUUCCCCAAAGGAUCUGGAAGUUCCGACAUAUCUUGAUAGGCAAGGGAAAGGCCCUUCCGCCGGCGGCUAGAGGAGCGAGACCUAACGCCCUGAAGAGUCGUAAGUUGCGGAUCCAGUUCAGGGAGAAGCUGGCAGACUUGAUCAAGGGUCUGUUGUCCGCCAAGAUGAUCAACUACUCUAGAUCACCAUGGGCUUCCCCGAUAGUGGUGAUCAUCAAGAAGCAUGGAGUGGGUAUUAGGUUGUCUAUUGAUUAUCGGCUGGUUAACAGCUUGACCCAGCUAAUUAUCUACCCAAUGCCCUUGAUCAACUACCUACUUGAAAAUCUGGAGUUGACACUUUGGUACUGUUCUUUGGAUAUGGCGAGUGCAUUGAAGACUAUGCAAUUUAUGCGUCAGUUCUGUAUGAAUUGUGAGAAAUUGACUUUGCUGCGAUGGUGGAAGAGACUGCUCAAGCGCGGUUCCGAUAAGGAUCGAGGACCACAGGAAGAGCAGGAGGGCGACCACCGAAAGACUAUGGAUCUGGAGGCGCAAGGUCCUACCGAGUUGGAUCCGCGUUGGAUCCAUGCCCAUCGGUUAUUCAGUGCGCUCAAAGCCAAGAUCGCUACUACCCCGAUCCUACGGCAUUUCGAUCCAGACCGUAGAGCCACGGUUAUGGUAUAUGCUAGCAAUUGGGCCAUCUCGGGGUCGCUGUUGCAGGAACACAUCCAGAGCUAUUACCCGUGA